UUUCUCUAUCGGAGACAAUUUGAUGCAGUUGUAUUGCUUUACAAGUGGUCAUUCACGGUUUUCUAUGGAAAAAUUAAAACUUUACAACAGUGUAAAAAUACAACAGCAACUGUAAAAACAUUGAAAAAUAAAAACAACAAUAACCGAAUCGGCUCAUGAUGAACGACACAUCAGUUUUCGUACAACAUUCAUCGAAUUUUCAGUUCCUAUCUAUUUGUCACUACAUUACCACUCUCGGAGUUAUCUUUUAUAACAAAGGCCUAAUUACGUUGAAGCAGCGAAAUCAAACUGUCCCUGUACUCAAUACUUAUUUUCAAUACCUUCAUAAUUCCAACAAUGUAUCCGAGAAAAAACUCCAACUUCUAAAAAAUGUACUAAUAGGAACUGAUCUCUAUGGUGGCGGCGAAAAUGAAACACUCGAUUUGAAAUAUGUAAAUGAAACAUACCAGUACAUCUUAAACACUGCUCUCUUUUCUCACUAUGGACAUAUUACCGGAUAUUUAGCAGGUAUAAUCAACAAGGCAGAUAAUACAUCUUAUUCCAAACUUAUGAAAACCAUAAAGCAGGAACUCUUUAACAAUUACACCAGUAUAGAUUACUGUUUAAAAACAAACAAAAGCAAAAAACUCACUUUUUUGUCUGCUAAAAAAGUGUUUUUUGAAUAUAUACUGCCAAUAUUUCCCGAGCCAGAAAAUAAAGAUAUGAACAUAAUGGAAGUGGAUUAUUUAUACGCAAUGGCUGGUUUAAAAAUUGUCAAAUCCAUACUUGGAGAAACUCUAAACGCUUCGUUUGGUGAUUUAAUUUCAAUUACACGAGAGUUUGAUUUACAAGAGGCUUACGGUAACGAAACUUAUGAAAUAAUGUUAGCAGCUUUUUCAACACCGGCACUAUUUUUUUACGCCUCUAAGGAAAAAGAAACAUUCAGAGAGAAAUAUCAAACUUUGUUUAAUGCAGAAUUUUGGAAUGAAGUUUAUGAAAAUUUAUUUUCAAAUAUUAAUUUAGAAAUGAAUAAAAUUGAAAAUCAUUAUUUUGAAAACAACCUUUAUUACAAACUCGAAAAGGAAAUAAAAGAAUUAAAAAAUCGAAGAUUAUUGGCAACAACUAUACUAGAGAAACAUUGUAACUAUUCUGGUUUUAAAGAACAUGAAAAUGAAUAUGUGACAAACUAUAUGUCAUAUUAUCAUUUCUUUAUAAAAAUAAGUGUUCCUUCUGGUUGUUCCGUAAAAAAUCUACCCGAAUUGAAAGUUGUUUAUGAGAAACAGUUUGAAAAUGUAAGAAAGACAAAAUAUGAAAUUGAAAAGAUUGCAAUAAGAAAAGUUUUAAAUGACAGUAAAGUAAUAGAAAAAUUAGACUCAAAAUCUAUUGUUAGUGAUGCAAAAGCGAAAGAUUAUCCAAUGUACAUGGCGAACAUGCCACCUAUGGCAAGUAAAAUAAACCCCAAAGUAUACCUACUGUUUGCAAUUAAAGAAGAAGGAAAAACAGAUUUUUAUGCCAUUAUAGAUAACGAUAAUGUUUUGUCAUUACUCGUAAGAAGUGAUAACAAACAAGAGUUUGGUAAUGUAAUUGCUAAUGAUCCAUAUACAGAAAUGGAAAUAAAUAUAAUUGCCAAUGAUUUGAAAUUCGCUCAUGAAGAUAGCGAAGCAUUUAUUGAAAGGAUUGCCGAAAUAAAGACAAGACAAUUUGUAAAUAAGCUAAUGGUCGACUAUAAAAAUGAAACUACAAAAGAGAAGGUUUUUAAUUUUCUAAAAAUACUUGUACCAUUUUACAAUUGUAUUGAAAGCGUAAAAGCGGAUAGCAAAACUGGAGCCGCAAUAAGCUGUCCUUCAGAUGUUCUCACCUUACUUCCUGUAGAAAGUCUUGCCACAAAAUACGCAACAAAAAUGAGCGACAACUUUGUAAUUGGAUUAAGCGAAAAAUAUUUAAUUAGAAGUACUUUUGCAAGUACAGCAAGUGCCAGUAGAUUAACUUCAUUAUAUCAAGUUUCAAAAGUGUUGGCGAGAUCCGUUUCGCAGGAAAUUUUUACCAAGCACCUGUUAAAAGAUUUAUCUAUUACCUUCCUACGAGUUAUAGAUCCUGGAAUUGAAUCAAUCAACAACUUAGGCAAGUUUGGCUACCAAAAAUUGCACAAGAUAUAUAACACUAUGAUUAAAAAAAUUCCAAAAAAUACAAAUCUAAAAUUGUUAUUAACAACUGUGUUAAAAAAGCUUAAUACGAAUAUGAAACUGUCAACAUUUAAUGGUCUGAUACCAAAGGUUCUGAGAGACGAGAAUAAUUAUAAACUCGUUCAAUACUAUUAUCCGAACGGUGAAAAUUUCUUUGGACCCACAUGCAUAUCAUCAUUUGGAAAUACUGCAGAACUAAGAACCAUUGAAGGCAAUCCGUUUCAAGUUCCCGUGUUGCCAACAAAAGAUGACAUAAACAAAAUUUUCUAUCGUGAAUAUAUUCCAGCAACUGCUGAAAUUUCUAAUGUGAAACUGGAAAUGGGAGAAAAUGAUCUACUCCGAAGUGACUUACCUUAUCUUAAUGCAGAUACGAAAAUAAUACCUACUUAUAAAGUUAUUCCCGAAACUUCAAAGGGAUCUGGAGACCUUUAUUCUAAGGAAAGUUUGACAAAUAUUGAUGUGUCUGGAAUGGAAAGACAUGAGAUUAUUCGAAAACUUAUUCCUUAUCUUAAUUUAGAUGAAGACAGGAAAAUAAUAAAAGAUUAUAUAGUUUAUCAUAAUACGAAUGAAUGGAAUAAGACGCCAAUGAAUCCAGAUACGUCAGAAGGAAACGUGCCAAGGGAAUUACAAAGUGAUAACAUUCCGUCAACUUCAAGGCUAUCUGAAGGAUUGGAUGAAAGUAACUUCAAAUCUACCUUAUUGUAUGGAGAAGAUAAUUAUCAGAAAAUGUUAAAAUCUUUAAAAGACUUAAAAUCUAAAAAUUGGGCUGAUUUAUACAAAAAUAAAAAAAGAUUAAAAACGUUACAAAUGGAUAUCGAGAGAAUACGUUGGGAUCAAGACAGGGUGUUUCAUAAAAUGCCAAAAGAACUGUGGUUUAAACAUACAUUAAACAGACCCUAUGUUGUUAAGUAUUUCGAGAAAAUGAAAGGACAUUUUUUUUAUUUCAAUGAUAUUACCCUAUUGACAGAUAUUCGUCCAAGUGAAAUUAAUCUUGUUAAUAAGAAAUCAUACUCCUUAACAACAGAAAUUCGUUAUCACAUGACAAUUGAUUCUCAAUAUGGACUUGUUGAUUUGGCUGAAUUUGAUAAGAGUUGGAAAAACCAAUUUGUUGUUUUUCCAGAACUCGAAUUUUACGUAGUAAAUGCUGAAUUCAAAAAUGGAAAGGAUUUCUUACUUUUAGAACUAAAACAAAGGCCAAUAUUGAAAUCAAAUUGGGAAAUACAAAGACUGCAGAAUAGACUUUCACUGGAAUAUAAAAAAGUAAUUACAUACCCAAGAAGUGUAGAUAUCGAGAAUGCGGCUAAUCUUAUCUCAUUAAACAUUCCUCUGUUUAGAGUAACUGAAAGGGAAAAAUUCUUAAAAACUUACAUUUUAAGAAUUGAUCCAAUUGAAACUCGUGUUCCUACUUAUAAAAUGUUGGCAGAUGAUAUAAAUGCAGGUGUAAUACCUUCUGAAAGAUUUAACGAAUGGAAAAUAACAAAUCACAUUUUUAUUGAUGAUGUUCUAUUUAAAGAAUCUGCAUAUCAGGUUGAAAAUUUGGAAAUUGCAAAACAAACUAUAAAUUAUAUUUUUGAUGAGACUCAUUUACAGAAUGUUGAAACUGUGUAUGAAAUGUAUGAGUCACUUUCAUUUCGGCAAAGUAUGCGAUUUGAGGAUUAUUAUGUACUGUAUUCACAUUUGGCAAAAACUUUACCAAACAAUUUACAUGCACAAAGAUGUCUUUCAGCAGCACUAAACAGAUUGGCCCUUAGACAGUGUGAUAAUAAAUUUAUUAAAAUUCCAAACAUACUUUAUGAUGCUUGGCCAGUAAAUAGCAAAAUUUGGCAAGAAAUGUUAUCAAUUAAAAAUUUUCGUAAGCAAUUUACAACAAAAAAUUUUCUUGCUUAUUCUAAUGCUGAAGAUGCUAUAAAAAAUGUUCGCUUGACUACUGAAUUAAACCUAUUCCUAUUGAUUAAAUAUGAAAUUAAAAAUCCAUCUGGAAUAGUGUACAUUGAUCCUAAUUAUUUCGAAGUUCCAAAGGAAGUGUAUUAUAUUCCUGACACAAUCCAAUUGCGGAAUUUCGGGAAAGAAAUUAUACCCGUUAAUGGAUUUGAUUUUCCCACAUUGGUAAUGCAAGAUGUUGAAAUUACAAAAGAAGGACGAAUGGUUAAUUCGGUAAUACAUUUAAAUGCAUUAUUUUCAACCAAUGAUAAAUUUUAUAUUAAUCUAAAUCCAGAAAAUAGGUUCCAAGUUGAUAAUUGAUAAUAUUCCGUCAACUUCAAAACAAUCUGGACAACUUACUUCGCAAGGAAUUUCUCAGUAAAAAAAAUUAGGAGUAAGCGAAAAGAAUUGGUGGUAAUUUAAGCUGUAUUCGGUUUGGCGAAAAAACUGAAUUGGAACAUUACGGUGAAUUAUUUUUUUCUUACCAUGAAUUCUUUUCUUUUGAACAUUUGAAUUGACGUUUGUUUAUUCGAGUUUACAUUAUAAAUGAAAAGAAUAAAUGUUUCGAAGUCUAAAAAAUCCGAUUUGGAAUAAGAAGUAUAUAAUUUUUUAAAAAGAAAUAAAAGUACCUUUGUUAAGGGUUUGGAGAAUUUAAAAGAAAAAGUGUUUUAUUUUAAUGAUCUUACUUUUUUGACAGAUAUUGCACCCAAAAAAUUGUCAAAUUUUGCCUUAGAGAACGAAGUACGUUUUCACUUAACGAUGAAUUCUCAAUUUCGAUUUAUUGAUCUUUCUGAAUUUCAGCAUACUUUGAAAAACCGAUAAAUUUUAUUUCCGGAAAUUGAGUUUACUGUGGUGAAUACUUAUUACAUUAAAAGAGAGCCUAUUUUACAAAUAGAUCAAAAAUAGUUCAAAAACCAAUUAAGAAAGAGAAAUGGAUUAAAAUUAGAGAAGAAAAUUCAAAGUUACUUGACAAUCAAGAAAAAUAUCAAUUAAAAAGGUGCACAGAUAUUGAAGAUGCUGCAUACUCCAAAUCCACUAGAAUACCUUUACAUAGAUUGAGUGAUUCGAAAAAAUGUUAAAAGAAUAUAUAUUAAGAUUAGGUUCCAGUGAAUAUCCCUUCUAGAAAAAAUCGAUUGAAAACGAUUGAAAACAAUAGGAAAGGAAAUUCUAUUGUCCCCAAUCGUGUUUCUUAAUCGUGUUCUUACAAUUGAAGACGAUCGACUUUCUUAUUAUAUUCAAUCGUUUUCAAUCGUGUUCUAUAGAUUGUAUUCCAUGCACUAUUGCUUGGUGGGAGUUUUUGAAAAUUUUAAAAAAUGCAACUAAUUAAACAGUCUAGAAAUAUAUAAUUAUUUCAAAGAUUAUUUUCCGAACUAAAAAAAAAAUUGAAAAUUGAAUUACUGAAAUUUUUUUUUAAUUUCAGUCAAUAUUGAAGUUUUUUAAAUAAUCGAAUAUUGGAAGAUCUACAAUAAUGAUAAGAUUCAUUAGAAAUAAUUAAAUUUCUGGUGAUUUUAAAUUGAAAAUUUUGAAAAUAUUUUAAUGAAUGAAAAACUUUAUACAAAUGUAACGGGUUUAACAUCCGUUUCUAGCACAAAAUAAGUUUGUAAAGAAUUUUAAUUUAAAAUUUUUAGAAAAAAUUUAUAUUUCGAAGAGUUGCAAUCAAAGUUUUUAAUAAAAAAUUUUUUUUUUUAAAUUUAUGAUAAAAUUUGCAAAAAGUAUUAGUUAAAAUUUUUUAUAAAUAAAAUAAUUAUAGAAUUUAAUAGAAGUAAUUCAAUUUUGGAAGUGUUAGAAUUGAAAGGUUUUGACUUAUUAUUUUUAAAUAAUUAAAAUUUUGUAAAAUUUAAUUGAAAACAAUUGAACUUUUUAAAGAAUUUGAUUACAAUUUUUGAAAAUAUUUAAUGGAAAAAUUAUGGUUUUUUGUUGUUGGAAGGAGUUUAGGUGAAUUUCGAACAAAAUUUAUACUGAAUAAUUUUUUUGCUAAAUUUUUUUGAAAAGCUGCUGGACACAUAAAGUUUAAAAAAACUAAAAAUUUUGUUCUAAAAAAAAAAUUAAAAACUGAAAUUAUUUUAAAAUGCAAGAAAUAGAAUUUUUUCUUAUAUUUAUUUUUAUAUGUACCUAAUUAUUUAUUUAAUUUCUGUUUAUAUGUAUUCUUUUACGUACCCAUUUAUUUAUUUUUAUUUUUUUGAGGUUAUGGAUUAACAACUCAAAGAUUGUCAUAUUUAAUUUGUUCAUGUAUAGGAUAAGUAAACAUAUUGACAUUAUCCAUAUCACUAGAAAUUUUACUUUAGAUUUUAAAUAUUUGACACAUACGCACGAACAGAACAAACUAUAUAUUACAAAAGACUUAUAAGAAAAACAUCUUUCCUGUUUGAUUCAACACUUUUCUUAUUCUUAUAAUUAACUAUUUGCGCAUGUGCGUAUAUCGUUCUCCCGAUAGCACCCGAUUAAAAACAAUUGAAAAAGUUUAACUUAUUUUACACGAUUGAAAACAAUUCGAAUCAAUUGAAAAAAUAUAUACUCCAAUUGAAAACAAUUCAAAACGAUUAAAAACUUUUUGUACUCAAUCGUUCUGAAUCGUGUUUAAUUGAUUUUUUCUAGAAGGGAUACACUGGGUGUCGAUUAUGUAAUUUGAUUUGACGUCAAAAUCAAAUUCAUUUUAACGUCAAAGUCAAAUUUAAUUCAACAAAUUCAUUGUUUUAUUUAACUUAGACGUUCAAUUAAAAUUUAAUUUUUUAUUUCAAUUUAACGUCGCAUUCAAAUUUAUUUUUUUAUAGCAAUUUGACGUAUUGCAAUCAAAAAAUAAAUUUGACGUCAAAGUCAAAUCAAAUUAUAUAAUCGACUCCCAGUAAAAAUACAGAAUUACACUCGAUUAAAAUGAUUCAUUUUAUUAAUAAUAUACCAUCAGACGUUUUGACAUCAACGUUAAUGUCCUUUUCAGUGUAAAUAAUUAAAUAAUUUGUUGAAAUAAAAAUUCGUUAACAUGUACUCUGACUUGAUUCGGCGAGAUGAUUCUUUGGCACAAAAAUAAUUAUCAUUAUAAGAGCAUAUCAAAAAUAAUAAUCUGACUAAUAGUUAUGUAUAUUUUAUAUAUUUAUUGUAAAUUAUAUAUUUCUCAUAAUACAUAAAUUAACAUAAGUUGCAUUAUUAAUAUUGUUUAAUAAACAUUCUAUUACAGUAUAUUUCAUA